UUCCAGGGUUAUCCACCAAUCUCGCAGCGGUCAUUUCAACUGCCGGGUCCCAAUGUCGUUCUCUCCAGGUGACGUUGAAAAAGGGAAGAGACUAUUUGUACAAAAGUGUGCACAGUGUCACAACGUUGAAAAAGGCAAACCGCACAAAGUAGGACCCAACUUGCAUGGUUUGUUCGGCCGCAAAACUGGUCAAGCUGCAGGUUAUGCCUACACGGCUGCCAACCAAAACAAGGGUAUCACAUGGAAUGAGAACACUCUAUCUGAAUACUUGGAAAAUCCGAAAAAGUACAUACCUGGUACAAAAAUGGUCUUCGCUGGUUUAAAGAAGGACAGUGACCGCAAUGAUAUCAUUUCCUACCUUAAAGAAGCAGCAAAAUAGGAAUAUUCCGUUUGUUUCUAAAUUUUUGGUUUCUAGAUUUGAUUUCUUUGUAGCUGUUCUGUUAUAAACUGUGUAAAAUUCCAAAACCUUAGACUCUAAGUUCAUGGAAAUAAACACAUUGACGAUUUUUUAUAACUUCUUGAAUAGUAUUAUUUCAUUUACG